AUGUCCUCACACGAAGUUUCAUCCGACAGUACACGAGAUUCAGCUGUAUCAGAACUACCCAAUAAUACACCCAAUUUGUCACUAUUUCGUGGUCGUUCGUCCGGUCAUUAUCGCUUCCUGAAGCUUGCGGUGAUAAGACAUAUCAACAGUAUGAAUUUUAACAAGCGCUUGCUUCAAACUUUCAACGUUGUUGUGGAUGGAUUAAGUGGUUGGAUCACGUAUGUUUUACUACUGUCGUUCAUGACAAAAGAGCAUACAGGGGUGCGAACAAUUGGUACCGUGUACUGCACGGGUGCAAUUGAACCUUUGUGGAAACGCGUGACUGUUACUGCCACUGAGUUCCCAUCCUCCACGCAAUUUGUGCAGGAUGGCCGAUACGUGACGGUCAAUACCUCGUGGGUUUCCAGAAACAGUGUCAUUGUGUCUCAGGCUAUAUCCCGCAUCUUCAUGGCUACACGUUCAUGUUCACCUCCUGCAUGGCCCGCUGAAUCCCUAUUUGGUCUACUGGCUGUUGGACUCAUUUCCGAAUACACUAGCAUAGUGAAUGGUGUGGGUCGUCAGCAUAUCAAUCAUGUCGAUCUAUUUCGCCGUUUGCGCUUUUCAUUGGAUAUGUUUGUGGAGAGGUUUAUAGAUUGGUAUACUUGGUCUCUUUUUGUGUCUCGUUUGACGCACGAGACUAUCCCGCGAACAGUGCGCGCUUUUCCAGAUGGAGUUUGUCUAAUGUUCAUCUGGAGGAAGUAUGAUUCAUUCACCCAACAUUAUCCGUACGCUAUCCACUUUUGGGUCGGCGGCAGCGGCGGUACACUAUGGUGUUCACAUCAUUUGGAGGAGGUGUAUGAUGACGUAGUCAUCGCGUGUUCUGACGGCACAAGGAAUUUUGGUUCAGUGCGGGACGGUGAAUGUGUUACUUCCAACUCCACUAUGCGGUUACAGCACGAAUCAUUCUUAGACACAGCGUUUGCCCAAGUCAUGGAUGUCACAACGGAACGAGUCAGCUAUUUGCCUAAGUUUCCACCCUACUCCUCGCAUUCUGGCCUUCCGCUCGUUAGCAUGGACACCUAUAACACCUCUAUGGUUUCUAUCCACCGUGCUUUGACUGACUCAAUUGGCACUAACAUGACCGAAAGAUGCAUCAGAAAUGCCAAUCGCCGUUCUUUGGAAGAGAACUUGGCACUGUGGGCCGCUCAAUCCGCUGGCUAUACAGUAGAUCCCUCCGCAGACUGGCCUAUGUAUGUUCGUCUCUGUAAAUUCGCCGCAGACGCGGAUCUUUCUCCGUGCGCGGAUGACCUUCUGGCCCCUGAGAAUCUGAAGAUUAUGUUAGAUUGGUCGAUUGCUUCUGACACGGCUCGGUUUCGUGAUCACGGACCUUUUUCUAUUCACUUUUACGUGUCUGGAGGAGGCAUUGGUCCGAAUCAUUACCGCGACGCUGCGCUUGAAGUGACCGAGUUUGCUCAUCCUUCUCGUUAUAUUUAUGCUCUACCGCAUUUACUUAUGGGGACCGUGACACAUAUUUCCCGGGUGUUGGUGGCAAUUUAUGUCGUACAUUACGCGCAGCCAGGUGGUACAAUCUGGUCUGAUGUUUACGUGGUCCUUUUCUUCGCACAUUGA